CAAAGCAAUUGAAUUUCAAAGUGACCGCUUCACGUCGCUCAAGGUCGUUUUAAGAGAUACGGCGGUAUUCUUUGAGCAAGCCUGUGGUCGCGCCUGUACUACAACUAUGGAUCGUGAUUAUGCUCCACUUUCGUCCAGCUGUGUUAAAAAUCUUGUGGAUAAGCUUUUUGAUAAACGCAAAUUGGCAUCCCAAGAAGUCGAAAGAGUUGUCAAAGAUUAUAUUAGUCAGGAUAAGCUUUCAGAUAUUUCUCGAAUCAUUGGAUACUUCAGCCAGGACUUUAUUCAGUCUGCCAACCCUCAUACUCGAAAAGGUGGUUUAUUUGGUCUAGCAUCUGUAGCUAUUGGACUAAAUGAGGACGCAUGUCUUUUUCACGGACCAAUAAUUUUACCCAUAAUUCGCACAUUCCAUGAUAACGACCCACGCGUACGACAUUAUGCAUGCGAAGCCCUUUUCAAUGUGAUGAAAAUAACUAGGAAAGAGACGUUAAAUUACUUGAGCGAUGUGCUUGAUGCCAUUAGUCGAGGUGUGUCGGACUCUGAUUCCUCUGUUCGUCCGUCAGCUUUACAAUGUGAUAGACUUUUGAAAGAAAUUAUCAUGGAGACUGAGAUUUGUGACUUAACAGAUAUUGUCUUAUUACUCAAAGAACGUAUUUAUACGAACAAUCCUUAUACUCGUCAGUUUAUUGUUUCUUGGAUCUCUACGUUGUAUGCUAUACCUGGACUAAAAAUUUCUGUUUACUUGCCGCAAUUAUUGGAUGGGCUUUUCCGUAUACUUGGUGAUCCGAAUCCGGACUUAAGAAGGCAAUGCGAAAUGCUUUUAACGGAUUUACUCAAAGAGAUUGAAGCUAAUCCAAAUGAAAUUGCAUUAGAUACAAUGAUCAACAGUUUAAUUGUACACUGUCGACUUUCAGCAACAGCUUGUGCUUUGGCUGAUAUUGCUUUAAAGCCAUCAUCUCCACGUAACUCCCAGUUUUCUAAUCUACACAAUUCAUCAAUCGUUGUUGACACAUCGGCUCAAAGUAUUAGUCUCACGCAAAAUGCUCAAAAUGCUUCUGAUUCUUGGUCUUUAAAAAGCGGAAAUAUUUGUAACGCACCAGAACAAUUGAAACAACGAGCGGCACUAAAGUGGAUAAAAACAUUUGUUGAAAUAGAUCCACACCAUAUGCUUCCAUAUGCUUCAGGAAUUAUUGGUGCUGUUCUUCCCUGCUUUAUGCUCUGUGGACCAUCUGAUGCUCUACAAGAAAGAAAAGUUGCUCUCGAGACAGCUGUGUGCAUAAACGAAACACUUUUGAAGGCUGUUAGAUUAUUCAAUUCAUGUACUAUGAAUAAUUCGGAUUCAUGCGAAUCGAAAGCUCACAAUGCAAUGGAUUCGCGCAGAGUCUCACUGAAUUCAGGAAACCAAAGUGAAUCUUCAAUCAAGUUUUCACAGGCUGAAAAUUCAACUAAACACUUCGCGGACUCAUCUCUUAACAUUACAACUGAUUCACUAUCUGGUGAACAAAACAGUUCACGAAUCUUGUGCACAGAUGCAAUCUUAGAAGCUACUUUUCAACUUCUUAAUAAUUCAAGUUUAUUUACUCGCUUGGCAGCACUACGCUGGAUUACUGUACUUGCAGAAGUUUGUUCAGCUGAUGUUUUUUCUCAUGUUGAUCGUCUUUUACCGGAAAUGCUCAAACUAGUUUCUGAUCCUGCUGAUGAAAUGGUGCAUUCUACUAUUUCAUUGAUUGGAAAACUCAGUCACCAUACUACUGCUGUUGGUAAUAAUUGUCACAACAAAGAAUCUGUUAUUUUACCUCAAGAACUGGUUAAGUUGCUUCAUGAUCCGGCUGUUGUGAAUGGACAAAAUAAUAGUCAGAUUUCUGAUUAUUCAGUUGAGAUUUCAUCUGAAGAAUCAUUACCGUCAUCAUCUUCUGUUCCGAAUACAUUUUGUUUACGAUUUCUUUUGGACUUGGUCGAAUUGUUUAACAAAGAUUCAGAAUUAUUACGGAGACGUGGAGAUAUGAUUAUUACCGAUCUCUGUCAAGUUCUUGGUGCUGAUACGGUUUACUGCACCGUUUCAACAAUUAUUUCUUAUAUUAAACCAUUGGAAUCUGCAUUUGUACUGGUACAAGCGUUGAAUCGAAUUCUUUUAACUCAACCAGUGUUACAUAAUUUCCGUAAACAAUUACGUUGUAUUAAUACGAAGGCCCAAUGUCAGUUGUUUGAAAAACUCUAUCGUGCUUGGUGUUUUAAUCCUGUUUCUCUGUUAGCAUUAUGUAUGCUGACUGAAAAUUACAAACAUUGUAGUCGUUUAGUGAAAUCAUUCGGAGAUAUUGUUAUUACCGUUGAAACUCUCUGUGAUAUGGAUCAGCUAAUUCAAAUGAUAGAAUCACCAAUAUUCUCCAGUAAGUUUAUACAUCGUUGAUAAUAUUGAGAAUCCUUUAAAUUAAUUCAUCUGCUUAUGUGCCCUUUUUCAUUACAUACUUGUCUGUUUACACAAUACCAUAUUACACUGUUUCUAAAUUAAGGUGUAAUCAGAUCAAAAUAGUUUUCGUGAAUUUUGACAGACAUGCGAAGGUUAUUUUACUGAAAUUGAUUCGGUGUUAGCGAAUUUUUUCAUGUAUUAGACUUCAGUUCCGACAAAUUAAGUAAUCUUGAGCAAUGAGAUAAUCAUAAUAUCGUUCAAUGUGUGAGCAUGUUAUCAUCACUUUUAUGAUUUGUGCGGUUCUCUCAUGUUUGCUUAGAGAAUAUUUUGAAUUCUAAGGUUUUAAAUGUACUCUGACAAGUUUAUUUUCAAUAUAUAUAUUCUUAUUGAGCCAACUCUUCUGACUGUAUGUAAACUUAUAAAGGGGGCUUCUAGUGAAGCGGAGUGGCUAGAAUCGGUUAGAUGCUCCAAAAUUGAGCUUUUGACUAACUUCUGUAAUCGUUUAAAGAGCCAGGUAAUGUAAUAUUUGAAGUUGCAUUUCGAAAAACUCUCUUUAUGUGGCCAAUAUAACCUGCUCCACAUGAGCAAAUAAAGUGAUAUAUGCACACUGAUUUCGCCCAAUGCGGGAGCUUAUCCUUCACACAACUUUGAAUCAUGGGCCAACUCGAAAAAAUAAUGUAAAGCUCAGCCGAAUCAAACAUUUUCCUCAGAGAUCUUGAAAGUUUGGGAGAAAUCAAUGUGCAUCUAUCACUUUAUUUGCUCAUGUGGAGCAGGUUAUAUUGGCCACACAAAGAGAGAUGUUCGAAAUACAUCUUCGAACAUUACACCGCCUGGCUCUUUAAACGGUUACAGAAGUUAGUUAAAAGAUCACUCUUGGAGCAUCUAGUCAAUUCUGGCCACUCCGCUUCACUAGAAGCCCCCUUUAUAGGUUUACAUACAGUCAGAGGAGUCGGCUCAAUAAGAAUGCAAAUGAAAAAUUUACGUACAGCACAGGCUAUUGCUAUCCACCAGUUUUAGCUUAACCUUUGCCUAGAAAAAUAGUAUGCCCAAUCCCUCAUUCAUCCAUGACCCUAACCUCGCUUUCUAUCUUCCAUAAUCUAUCUUUUUUAUUGGUUUUUAUCUACUUUAUCAUUUCUACUCCUUUCCAGUUGUUUUCACAACCAUUAUCUAGCAAUCAUACUCGGCGCUCAAUUUUCGUCAAGCUAUUCGUUCUAAUCUUGACGAAUAUUCGUAUAAAUCAUUAUAACUUUUUAUAAUUCUGUUCUUAAUGGUUAUCAAGUGGACAAUUAUUUCACCUUACCAGUAUUUAACUGGCCGAUUAUCAUAUAACUUCCUUUCAAUAUCUGAUUUUCAAGUCGUGACAACAUAACAUCCCAGGUUUUUUGUUUAACUAGCUGCUUUCUAUCUCAUUAUAGAACACUAUUUUAGUAAAUAAAAUUGACUAUUUCUACGCAGUUUGGCAUAUACAUACGUAUGAUAAACUUCGAAAUAUUACUCACUAAAGAAAUACAAUAUACAGUUAAAACGCAAUGUUUCAUUUUUCAGGUCUUCGGAUGCAUAUGCUUGAUAAACGAUUCAGUGCUGAUCUUCGCGAAACCUUAUAUUGUCUACUUAUGUGUCUUCCACAAACAGACGCCUUUCAGACACUUUGGCGACGCUUACAAUGCUUGCCACCUGUGGAAUACAUUUCAGAUAAUCCAGUGUAAUAAUUAUUUUCUUUAGUUUCUAUUUAUUUACAGAUGCGCUUUGCAAUCAUAAGAUCUGAAACAUAGAGAAUUAAAUAUUGACUUGGAGCGUUAUUAAAUGUUAAGAAUGAUCCACAUGAUAUAACAAGAACUCAUUUAAGUAUAUCUGGAAGCGAUCAACAUUUUAUUUUCCAGUGUUUGGAAUCUUAUGAUUAUCUUUCAAGAGUUAUAUUACCUUGAUAAUGUUUUAAAACGUUAAGUCUUUUAAUGAGAUACAGGGUAGGGAUUUUCGGAUUACUGUUAUGACUGACUGUUUUUGUUCUUUUCUAUUGAAUGCCAAGUUUAACGAAUUCUCUAUUGAUAGUAGUUAUUCUGUUCCGAUUUUUGCGUGUGUUGUAUGAUUUAGUAUGGCUCUUUCCCAACUUUCGAGCUUUUUAUGUAUUACUUGAAUCCGCUAUAAGUUAAAUGCAUUUUCGACCACAUGACUUCACACCCAAUGACUUUUUAUAACAAAUGUGGGUAACUGUUUAUGCUACUUACUAAUAGAAAGUAGUUUGACAUCCCAAGCUUUAAUAAAAUGGAGUCCACGCGAGUGUUUAGUGUAAUAAGAGCAAAGUUGUUAUAGUGGACUAUUAUUCAUUCGAUUUGUGCAUAGUGAUUUAGUUAUCUUGAAUGAAAUUUACAUGUUGAACUAACAUUUAUUAUUAUAUGGUAUGAGUUUUAAAACCAUUACUUUUUGUAUUGAUCCACUCUUUUUUAAGUAGUCGGAUUUCAAAUGGUCCCCAGUCGGCAGAGAAUGUAGUUAAUGUGUACAUCAACUUUAAUGAGUUAUUUGAUUACUUUCAUUCAAUUCAGAAGCAAUCUGAUGAAUAUCGUUUGAUGAAAAUGAUAAAUUACAAUAGGAAUGGAGCACAAAAUCAAAAUAGUUAUACAAUAUCAAAUGAAAAUCGUUCAAAUAGAGGUAGUCUUGGAAACGAUUUUAAUAAACUGGCUGUCUCCGAUGAAAAGCCAUCUGAUAAUAUAUAUGCAGCUGAUAUUCAGAAGAAAAUUGAUUCUAAUACCACUGUUUGUUCAGCUAAUGAUUAUCUUACUGCGAGUUUUGCCAAUCUAGGAAUAAAUAUUGACUACGGUGCCCCAUUGAAUAUCGUUGACUAGCUGGGUUUUUGUCCAAAUUGUUUGUAUGUUGAAUAUGAUGCUUUUUAUUGCCUUUUGAAUUUUUAUCUUUACAUACACAUGACUCUAGGUAAUCACAUCUAUGUAUAUGUACUUUGUCAGUUUGUUAUUUUUUAAUACUUCUGAAACUGCAUAUAACUGGUAAUUGAAAAUAUGAUACAUUUACAGUCACUUCAUUUAUCUUAACUUCUUCGUAAUUCUUAAAUAUGAUUUUUCUUCAUUACCAGUUUUUUGUCAUUUUACCAACUGUGAUCAAUAAUACGAUUGAACUUCCUUGUUAGCUUUCUUUUACGACAGAUAAUUUUCAUUCCCAUAACGCAUUCCUUUUUUCUUUUGUUGUAUACAUUUGAUACUUUAUACAAUUUAUUUGUAUGGAUGUGCGGAGUUGGUGUUAGUCACGUGUGAUGAGGUAGCUCGUAAGUAUUGCUCUAUUUCAUAUAGAUUAGAGACCCAACUAGUGGAUCUUUAGAGUGUGUAUGUGUACAAAUAGGAUCGAUUGUUGGGUGUAAUUUGUAACAUUGCCUAUCAAAUUUGACAAUCCUGUUUAAAUCUUCCUCCCCAGGUUUGGCGGUUACAACUUUAAAUGUAUGGGAAAGAGCUUAAUUCUUUUCAGGUAAAUAGUUUAAUUAUAAAACUUAAGGAACUUUUAAAAUGCUUAUCAAAAUUUAGGACCUUGUUAUUUUGAAGUAUGGGAGCAUUCUUUACUGAUAUUGCAAAAAAAUUUCAUUGACGUUUUAAUAUCUAGUCUCUAGACAUAAAAUUGUUACUAAAUUCGAGAGGAAACUGUGAUGUAUUGUUUAAAUUCAACUAAUAUUACAAUCAUUUUGUCUAAUGAUUUCGCAUCAACACUUUUUCAAAGAUCUCUCAAGUUAGUCUCUUAAUUUUUAUUGUGUUUUCAUUUUCGUAGCUACUUUCAGCUUUCUCAACCAUUUUAAUGUUCGGUCAUCUAAUUUCAUCACAUUCCGACUCGAAAGAAUAAAAUUAACUGAUAAUCCAUCAUAAUUUUACUCGAUGUGUUCUGCUCAUCAACACGGGGGCUUGGUUUUAGAGAGAAAAACUGAGACAUUUUGUACAGUCUUUUGAAUUGUCGUUUUGGAUCCAGUAUUUCAUAUAAAAGCACAGGCUACUAAUUAAUGUCGGUUUUGCUAUGACUUGUAACCGCUCACUAAUAUCACGUGACAAAGACGUCUAUUGAAAUCCUCUAUGGCACUAAUAACCUUGAGUAAACCCUAAGCUCUUAUCGGUCCUCGAUCUGGUAGUUCUCCCUACCCUGUCUUUGAGUCCAGAACAGAAUAAUCAGGCUCCAUCAUACGAAUAUUAUAUUUCAUGCAUACGUAAUUUAUAUACAGAUACGUACCCGACCACAACACAUCAUAAAGUGAAAAAUAAAAGCUAUACAUGAUCAGGCCAGAAGGUGGCUAUGAGUAAGGGAGACACUAUAUUAGUCAAACCAAACCGUCUAUGGUCAUCACAGGAUGAUUUUGACCCCUUCUUAUAUAUUGGGACAAUAAGUGAUUGUGACCAGUCACAUGGGAUUACAUCCAGUUUCCAGAUUUUAACUAAAACUGGACCACCAUCCUUAAAAACCUAUGGAGUUAAUCCAUGUGAACCAGCUGCUAUUCAUCAUUUCAGAUCAGCCAUAGCUUUUUAAACUUCAA